CAUGAAGAAAAUUCUUUUGAUAAGUCUUGUCAUAGUACUGUCAUACUAGACAGUAGAAUAUAAUACAUAUGAUGAAGCAUUUGCAAAACACUUGUUUUAUUUGACAUCAGCAAGUUAUUGCGGUGAGUAACACAUUAGGAAUUGGAACUGUGGUAAACCUUGCAAAGAACUUAAACCAAUCACUGAUAUUACAUUUUUUAUCAAUGCAACAAAUGAGAAUGCAGGAUAUGGUGCAUAUCAUCCUGAAACUGAUGAAAUCUAUUUAGUCUUUAGAGGAACCUUACCAUGGAGUCUCACUAAUUGGGUAGAAGAUAUUGACUUUAUAAAGACAGAUUAUCCUUAUUGUCCAAAUAAUUGUUAAGUUCAUAGGUAUUCUAAAAUUUUAUUAAUAUCAUUUUAGAGGUUUCUAUUAUUCAUUUCUGGGAAUUUAAGAUUAAGUAUUGAAUUCAUUGAAAUCUUUAACCAAGAAAUACCCACUUGCCAAGAUAACCAUUACUGGGCAUAGUUUGGGUGGAGCUUUAGCAAAUCAUGCUCUUGUGUAUUUGACAACAGUAUUAUACAAAAUUUAUAUUAGAGAGGCUUUACUAUAAGUAAAUUCUAUACUUUUGGAUCACCAAGAGUAGGUGAUAAGAACUUUUUUACAUAUGUUAACCAACAAUUGUUUCCUGGACCUAAAUAUAGAAUUACUCAUAAUCAUGAUCCAGUUCCUCAUCUUCCAGCUCUUAUUUAAGGAUUCCAUCAUGUGAAUUAAGAGGCUUAUUAUAAAGAUUAUUUAUUAGUCAUCCAUAAAAAGUAAUUAAUUAUUAAAUUGUAGAGUUUAAUUAUGUAAUGAUAAUCUCAAAGAAGAUGAUAGUUGUUCUAAUUCUAACGUAGCUGAUUUAGCAGUAUCAGAUCAUACUAAUUACAUGGGUUAUGAUAUGACAUUAGAAUUACUCACUUGUUAGUGA